UAGCAGCAGCAGCAGCAGCAGCAGCAGCAUUGGAAGAGGAGGGAGCCUCCGAGACAAGAUGUAGUCGCGUGAAUGUGCGUGUAUCCUUGCAGCCGCCGUCCUCCUUCACUGUGGAAUUACGGAACAAAAGAGGAGGACCUUUCUUCCGCAUCUGCGGUUUCCAUUUUUCCACCUUCCCUCUUGUCGCGGUUUUUCUGCCCUCCCCUUGCGCGUGGCGUCGUUUUCGACGGAGGCUAGUGGCAGAGCUGGAGAGGAGGGAGGCUGACACGGGCUUGUCUGCGGACUGAGAUCACCAAAGCAUCGAGGUCACCUCAGAGGCCGUUCUCUGCUUUCUUCUCCCCCCCCCUUUUGCGUUUUCUCUUUCCCAGGCAGGCCUUUUGUUUUUCAGCGGACUUGUCUGAGGGGCUGCCGUCGCCGUGCUGAAUUGGGCUAUUGUUGGACAGGCAGGCCUCUCUCUCUCUCUCUCUCUCUCUCUCUCUCUCUCUCUUCCUCCACAAUACGUUAUCCUCCCUCCCUCCCUCCUCUAUCAUCUUCCACCGCUCCAUCCUUUCAUCCCCAUGCACCUUGCUUAAACUCAUAUGUGUUUGUCGGUGCGCACGUACUGUCCGGAAUCAUCUUUGCACUGCUUCUUGUCCUCCAUUCUCACCCCCCCUGUUCUCCCAUCCCCGCAGUGCCUGGCGACGUAAUGUGCCCUUCGUGGCACAUGAAUCCGGAUGUUUGGUAGGGGGUCGGUGGGAUUUGUUCCAGCCAAGGGUGAUGCCUCAGAGGACAGCCCAGCCCAGCGCUCCCACGCCCACCUCCAACCACUGAGCACGCUUGCCUGCGCCGCCACGUGUCACCCCUGGUUAGCGUGCGUACGUGCGCGUAUGUGUGUAUAUGCGUACACACGUGUGUGUGUGCGAGAGCGCCCUUACCAUGACUCUAGCCUGAUACCUGGACUGGGGUGUCCCCUGCCAAUGUGGGGGAGGGACUGAACCUCAGGUUACUCCCCACCCCCUCCCUCCCCUUACCCCCUUCCCUCUUUCCCCUCUUCCCCCCAUCCACGGGGUAACCUGCCAACAUGAAGAAGACCCGCAGCACCAACCUCAGGCGGGCCUGGCCCAGCUCGGAUCUAUCGGAGCGGGCCUUGGAGCGCAUCCGCUCUCGCAGUGAGAAGGACUACCACCACCAUAAGCACUUUCCACCGCCCCCUCCUCCGUCCCACAUCUCCCCUUCUCCACGGGGCUACAUGACACCAGGCGAUGUAUCUCCUAUCAGUAUGUCACCCAUCAGUCAGUCUCAGUUCAUCCCACUGGGAGAGAUUCUGUGUCUGGCCAUCUCAGCCAUGAACUCUGCCCGCAAGCCUGUUACACAAGAUGCGCUGAUGGAGCACCUUGCCACCUGCUUCCCAGGUGUACCCACUCCAAGUCCAGAGAUCCUGCGGCACACGCUGAACAUGUUGGUACGGGAGAGGAAGAUCUACCCCACGCCUGAAGGUUACUUCAUUGUUACUCCACAGACCUACUUCAUCACUCCCUCCCUCAUCCGCACCAACAGCAAGUGGUACCACCUGGAUGAGCGGCAUCCAGAGCGACAGCAGCAGCAGCAACAACAGCAGCAGCUUCAACAACAGCAGCAGCAGCCACCACCACCUCAACAGCAAUGCACAUCACCACAAUCUGGAACCAUCACUCCCUCCACCUCUGGCUGUGUUCGAGAAAGGCCUAACCCUAAGAAUCACUGCGACUCCUAUAAUGCCUACCGUGAUGAGGUGCCAAGCAUUCAUACCUCCACAAUUCAAAGGAAAUCCCCAAAAGAACCCAAAGGAGAUCCCCCUUCAUACCCACAACCCCCACCCCCUCCACCUGCCAUUCAGCACCCACCUGACCCCACCGACAAGAGCAAGAGUAUGACCGCCACCUUCUCUUACAAAACGGACACACUGACCAAGAAGAAGGAGGGCAGUGGUGGGGGCAGCAGUGAGAGGCAGUCUAAGAAGUUCGGGCUGAAGCUUUUCCGCUUGAGCUUCAAAAAGGACAAGACCAAACAGCUUGCCACCUUUUCAGCACAGUUCCCUCCAGAGGAGUGGCCCUUGAGGGAUGAGGACACACCAUCAGCUGCAGCAAUCCCUCGUGAGGUGGAGAUGGAGAUCAUCCGCCGCAUCAACCCAGACCUGACGGUGGAGAAUGUGGCUCGUCAUACAGCUGUCAUGAAGCGGCUGGAAGAGGAGCGAGCUCAGCGCUGCAAGGCCAACUCAUCUGCACAGCACAGCGCCCGCAGCCGCCGCAGCCGAGGCCACCGGCGUGUGCCACACGGGAAGUCACGUUCGCACAGCAAGACACGGGCUUCUCGGGGAGACCCCUCUGAGGGCUCCAAUUUGGACCUGCCAGCAGUCAGCCUUGAGAGGGACUACCGUUUUUUUAGUCACUCUCUAGUACGCUCACCUAGAGAGGGAAUGUACACGAUGGAACGCAGAGGUGGUGGUGCUUACCUUGUCCACAGCAAUCCCAACAUUGCUGAGUCACACUUUCCUGUUACCCCAGAGUGGGAUGUUUCGGGGGAGCUUGCAAAGAGGCGGACGGAGAUGCCUUUUCCAGAGCCUUCACGUGGGACGUCACAUUCUAGAGUGCACCGGAGUCACAGCCACACUCAGGACCGCAAGUCACGCAACGAACGGCCUGACAAGGCUAAAGAACGAUCCCGUUCUAUGGACAACUCCAAGGGCCCCCUGGGAGGUGGGAGCUCCACGCUUGGCACGGCUGAGGAUUAUGACCGCAGUCCAGAUGACAGAAGCCGCUACUAUACUGAUGAUGGGACACUGAGGGCCUCCUCUCAAAAGGCACCGCACUACUCAUGCAUCAUGUUUUCUGCUGCCAAGUUCAGCUCUGAAAUGUCUGUAACUGAUAUGGGCAAAAUGAGUCUGGAUGAAUCAAGGCUCUGCAGCCCUCUAGAACGGAACAAGAGUAGAGACAGCCUCCCAGCGUACAGUGACCUGAAGGCCCUAUCGCCAAAGCCUUUGGCUGAUGACUACUUCCAGUGCAAUACAUCGAAUGAAACAAUCCUAACUGCCCCGCUGCCUCUGGGCAAAUCUGACCAUGACACUUUAACCCCAUCUGAUGGAAUCCGCAAGGGCUCUCCAGCUGACCGGCAGACACCACACCUCACUUCUCCUCACCCCUUGGAGUACAAAGAGGACUCCUCCACCAAAGGGCACAAUGGUUCUGGCAAACCCACACCAAGCCAGACACCUGAGCCUAUGCCCAAUGGACGUUUGAUACAGCACCAACACAACACUGACCCAGGGGGUGGGGGAGGCGGUGGUAGCACUGGUGGUGGGAUGGACAAGAGGAAAGAGAUUUUCAGUAAGGACACUUUGUUCAAACCGCCACACAAUGUUUUGACUGUGAGCUAUGUAGACAGUGGCUACUCAAAGUCAGGCACUUUGCGUAAGACUCCGCACAUGAAAUCAUCUGAGGUCCUUGACACUCUGGAGACCCAACAGCCACCUAACUCCACCCCCUUGUCUGCUUCUGCCCCAGCACCUACAGGCACAGAACAGGGUGCUCCCUCCACAUCUGAAGCUGCUUUUGAUUAUUACAACGUGUCAGAUGAUGACGAUGAGGAGGAGGUGGAGGAGACCUCCCAUAAAGAGGCCGCCCAGACAGAGGCAAAAGGGCGGGCAGGGGCUGGUGAGGGUGGUGGAGGUGGCGGGACCAUGCAGUGGUUGCUAGAACGUGAGAAAGAGCGGGAUUUACAGCGGAAGUUUGAGAACAACUUGACUCUGCUUAGCCCUAAGGAGAGCGAGAAUAAUAACAGCCAGAAGUCAGCUCACUCGGCACGGCUGGACAGCAUGGACAGCAGUAGUGUGACUGUAGACAGUGGGUUUAACUCCCCUCGCACACGGGAGAGCCUGGCAUCCAACACCUCAAGCAUAGUGGAGAGCAACCGGAGACAGAAUCCGGCACUAAGUCCAGGCCACAUGGGCACCACCAGCAUCGGCCCUCCAUUCAGCUUCCGUGCAAUCCCAGAGCCCCCCACAACACAACCUGAGAAACUGCAGAAAUCCCCCAACUGCCUUGCCUCCAUCACCAGCGUCUGACAUGGGCCCGUCUGGGUUGACGUAGGGUCAGGGUGAUCUGCAUUGAUGGGGUGCCUAAGUGCAGGAGGGUUGGAUAACUCCCUCCAUCAAGCACCUCGACUACAUGGGGACUGUUAAACCCACAGGCAUGGCUUCCAGAGACUGUUCCUACAGCAUCAAAGGUCACUGCAAAAAAAACUAAAACAAAAGAAAAUAAAAAAAGAGGGAAGAAAUGGAAAAGGAAAUUUCUCAUCAUAGGAUUUACCUUAACACACAAUUAAUCAGGAAAUUCUUCAGUCGAAUCAACCGUUAUUUUCAUAAUAGGCUUGAAGUAACUGCUAAUUUAACAAUCUUUUGUUUUCAGAAGUAUAUUGUUUUUGUCAGUCACAGAAUACGAGCCAAUAAGAUCAUGCAGCCAAUGGAUUACGUUUGUACGCAUUAAGAAAUCGAUGCUGAUGUGCAGGUCAAAGGUAUUCAAGAUUUGUGACAUUUGUAUGCAGUACAAAGUUCAAAUGAUCAUGAUUCAUAAAGCUGUAUAAUAUUCCUAAAAUAAACCCAUUUGUCAUGGCACUGUUA